AUGACCGGGGGCAUGACGGCCAUCCUCAAGAAACACAUCUUCGUGGGCGUGGUGGACGACGUCUUCUCUCUGAUUCAACACGACACCAAGCUACUCCUUGUCCGCCAUGUCGAGCUUUGCAAGGAACUUUUCUACCAGCUGGCCGUCCGCCGCUUUGCCUGCAUGCCACGCCUUUCUCUGGCCAGCAAUCCUGUGCCCCUCCGCUCCGCUCUUCGUGUCGCCCUCGACCUGCCCGAGAUGGAGUGGAAGGAGGGCUACGGCUCCAAGGACGAGGAUCGGCUUUGA